AUGACCAUUUGGAAUAUAUUUUCAAUUUUUCUGUACCACCUGGUUUUCAGUUCGUUUUUUCCAUGCACAACAACAAAGGGAGAGAGGCUAUCAGGCCUCCCCUUAAGUCAAGAAAACAUAAACAAAAUUUUGUCUAUUAAUCAUAUUGAUAAGUUUGAAAACUUUGAUACGUAUCUAAAAUUCAUUAAGUUUAAAUAUGAAAUGGUCCAUUUAGCCAAUGAACACUUCAAAAAAAUAAAUAGCCCAGAAAUACAACUUCUCCUAAAUUCCAAAGACAUUUUAGUUAAAGUUCUUAACGAAAAUGCAGAAAGAAAUAAAAUAAAAAUUUCAAAGGAAUAUAUUGAAGAUACAGCUGAGUACAUCCUCGAUGAAUUACAUAAAAAAAAUGAAGUGAAAAAAAUAGAACAAGUAGUGCAUGAUGAAUAUUGUGAUUCCUACAGAACAGAAUAUUAUGAAUAUAGAGAUAGACAAUUUAAUGCAGCCUUUGAAAAUGCUCAUAGUAAUUGGGCUCAUAACGAAUUAACAAAAAAUUUUGAUCCCCAAUGGAAAAAAGUCAAAUGGAAUUUAUGGGUCGAUUAUUUUAAUGAUAUUUUAUAUACCCUAAAAAUAAAGGAUUACAUGUUGCAUGUCUCGAUUUUGCAUUUAAGAACUAUUUCUAGUUCAUGCAAGGAAAUCUAUGAUACCUUAAAGGCCUCAUUAAUUCAAACCUAUAAGGACCCUUUCAAACAAGAGUACUUCAAAUUUCUCGAUUCAUCUGUGGAGGAAUGGGAAAAACUAAAGGAAAAAUAA